AAAAAACAUCCAACACGUGAAAGAAUUCUUUCUCUACUGCCAACCAACCAACAAGCAGUACUGCCCAAGCAAAUCGUUUUUGCUGAAUAAUAAUACGUGUCCAAGAUCAUUGUCACCCUCUCUGAUACUGUACAACAACAUUUUCAGUGAAAGAUUUUUACAAGAGUUUUACCGCCCUUAUUGUUAUCUUGCAGGAACCGUUUAAGACAUUUAAACAUUUACUGUUCAAGUGUCUUAUCUUUUAUAUACGUGUGCCUCUAAAGACAGAGCAAUUUAUUAUUGGAGCUUUUUCCAACAAUUUGCCAAAUAUAUUGCCUCAUUCCUCACUGUGACCAGUGAAUUUCUAAUCUGAACUCUCGACUUUCUCAAUUUGUCGUUGGUUCAUUUUAAAGCUCAAAAAAACAAACAACAAACCUCAAACACUGUGUUUGUUGUUGAGAAUUAAUCCUUACAUAAUUCAGUAGUAGAACAAGAAGUUUUCUCUUCAAGAUAAGAAGAACAUUCUACACUUGGCAACUCGAUUGAAAAACAAUAACCAAUCACAAAGAAAAGAAAUAGUAUAAUUGUGCGGAAGAAAAAAUGAGUCUUAUAGUAGCCUCCACGACGAGCACAAGCACGGCCGUUAAUAGCCAACUACAUAGACACUCUGUUGGAGGCGAACCACAGAGAAAAUCCUAUAGUGUAGAGGAUUUUGAAAUGGGAGAACAAAUAGGUGAAGGAGCAUAUAGUAGAGUUGUCAUUUCAACUUUUAAACCAACAGGAAAGAAGUAUGCUCUCAAAAUCAUCAAGAAGCAACUUAUUCUGAAGGAGAAUAAGACCAAGACUGUCAAGAUGGAAAAACAAGUUCUGAAUAUGAUGGAUCACGAUAACAUCAUUAAAUUAUUCUGUACAUUCCAAGAUGCCAAUCAUUUAUAUUUUGCUUUAGAACUUGCUCCCGGAGGCGAACUUUAUUCAUAUAUUAAGAAUUAUGGACCAUUCUCUUUAGAAGCUUCCCAAUUUUACACAGCCGAAAUUGUUAAUGCCAUGGAAUAUAUGCACACUCUUGGAAUAAUACACAGAGACCUCAAGCCUGAGAAUAUCAUCCUGAGCAAAGAUAUGCAUGUAAAAAUUACUGAUUUCGGAACAGCUAAAAUUCAAAAGGCAGAAGAAGAAGAAGUGAUGGUUGGAGAUUCGCCACUCAAGAGUAAAAAGGGAACAUUUUGUGGUACUGUACAAUACGUUUCACCAGAAAUAUUAAAAGAUGAAGAAUGUAAUGAAGGAGCUGAUUUGUGGGCUCUUGGCUGUAUUAUUUAUCAAUUACUAACUGCAGCUCAUCCAUUUAAAGCUGAUUCUGAAUAUCUAAUUUUCCAAAAGAUCCUGAAAAGAGAGUUUGAAUAUCCACCUGAAUUCCCUUAUGUCGCUAGAGAUUUAGUUGACAAAUUGAUUCAAUUGGAUGCUACUCAAAGAUUGGGUGUUGGUUCAGAUGGUUACAAACAAUUGAAGGCUCAUCCAUUCUUUGAAGGAAUUGAUUUUUCGAAUUUGAAAAAUCAAACACCUCCAAGCAUUGUUCCUUUCGCUAAUUUAGAUAGUUUGGAAAUUGAAGAUAAGCAAGAUGAAUUCGAUGAACUGAAUCCAUUUAUUGUUGAGAAGCUCAAUGAGAAAUACUCACUAUUUUUACUCAAAAACGAGUCUGUUGUAUACACAAGAAAGGUAGUUAAGCGAAGAAAAUUAACUGCCAAGAAGAGACAACUCAUUCUAACUGAUUUUCCAAGACUUAUGUACAUAGACUUUGAUGCAAGAGUUUGCAAGGGUUUUAUUCCCCUUUCAAAAUCUGUCAAGCUCGUGAAGAAAUCCGACAAAGACAUGAUUAUCAAGACACCUGGUAGAGAUUAUAUUAUUGAAGAUGUGAAAGGGUGUGUUGAUAAAUGGAUUUAUUGGAUUGAAAAAAUCCUAGCUGAAAAACUAACUGACAAAAACUAAUCACUAACUGUCUUUUUAAUAAACCUUAAUUUAACUGUA